CAGCGUUCUUCUAGUGCUGUCUUUCUGGUCCCAACGUGGGCCAGCUGAUGAUGGCGGCGCUAGUUGCGGCCGAGGCCACAGAGCCCCGCGGCCGAAACGGCCCGGGCAGAGGUCGAGCCCCUCGGAGCCGCCUGGCCAAUCAGAUCCCUUCUGAGAUCCUGAACAACCCCCAGCUGCAGGCAGCCAUCCAAGUCCUGCCUUCCAACUAUAACUUUGAGAUUCCCAAGACCAUCUGGAGGAUCCAGCAGGCCCAGGCCAAGAAAGUGGCCUUACAAAUGCCUGAAGGCCUCCUCCUCUUCGCCUGUACCAUUGUGGAUAUCUUGGAAAGGUUCACAGAAGCCGAAGUGAUGGUGAUGGGUGAUGUGACCUACGGGGCUUGCUGUGUGGAUGACUUUACCGCAAGGGCCCUGGGAGCUGACUUCCUGGUGCACUAUGGCCACAGCUGCCUGGUUCCCAUGGACACCUCCACCCAAGACUUCCGGGUGCUGUACGUCUUUGUGGACAUCCGGAUAGACACCACGCACCUGCUGGACUCUAUUCGCCUCACCUUUCCCCCAGCCAGUGCCCUUGCGCUGGUCAGCACCAUUCAGUUUGUGUCCACCUUGCAGGCGGUUGCCCAAGAGCUGAAAGCUGAGUAUCGUGUGAGUGUCCCACAGUGUAAGCCCCUGUCCCCCGGGGAGAUUCUGGGCUGCACAUCCCCCCGCCUACCCAAGGAGGUGGAGGCUGUUGUGUACCUCGGAGACGGCCGCUUCCAUCUGGAAUCUGUCAUGAUUGCCAACCCCAGUGUCCCUGCUUAUCGAUAUGACCCAUACAGCAAAAUCCUGUCCAGAGAGCACUAUGACCACCAGCGCAUGCAGGCCAACCGCCAAGAAGCCAUAGCCACUGCCCGCUCAGCUAAAUCCUGGGGCCUUAUCCUGGGCACUUUGGGCCGCCAGGGCAGUCCCAAGAUUCUGGAGCACCUGGAAUCUCGACUUCGGGCCUUGGGAUUUCCCUUCGUGAGGCUGCUGCUCUCUGAGAUCUUCCCCAGCAAACUUAGCCUUCUUCCUGAGGUGGAUGUGUGGGUGCAGGUGGCAUGUCCACGCCUCUCCAUUGACUGGGGCACAGCUUUCCCCAAGCCGCUGCUCACACCCUAUGAGGCGGCAGUGGCCCUGAGGGACAUUUCCUGGCAGCAACCCUACCCCAUGGACUUCUACGCUGGCAGCUCCUUGGGGCCAUGGACGGUGAACCACGGGCGGGAGCGGCCACUCCAAGCCGCGGGCCGGCUGGCGCUGGAAGAGGUGCAGGAGGGGCCCGCGCGCCCCUCUCCAGCCGGGGCUUGCGAUGCUUGCCGCUGCAGGGACGAGAAGGUGGCGCCGCUCGCUCCCUGAGACGCUCCUUGGCCCCAGAGCCCUGCCCUGCGGAGGAGCAGCCUCGAGGCUGGUGGUUUUCAGAACAGGAGGCUGAUGUUUUCUCAGCUCUGGAAGAGCCCACCGUGUGCCGAGGUCUGGAGGAAGCCCUGGGAACGGUGGCACAGGCACUGAAG